GGUACAUAAGAGCCGCGCGGCGCGCCGCCUGCCGCAGUGACUCUCUCCUCCGACGGCAGGAAGGAUGCUGAGCUUCGGCGCGGAAUCGUUCUUCUCCUCCGGGCCGCCGGCCUACCGUAAGGAGGCCGCCGGCGGUGGAGGCGGCGGCGUGCGCUACUACGGGGCGGCGUCGCGCUCGGGCGGCUCGUUCGCCUCCAGCGGCUUCCACUCGCAGCAGUCUUGGUCGCGGGGCUCGGCGGCGUCCUCGGGGCAGGCGGCGGCGGCGUCGGCCAGCAGCUACCGGCGGCUGGGCGCGCUGAGCCAGCUGGGCUCCUCGUCGGCGGAGAGCCUGGAGUCGUCGAUGGUGCUGAACGGCGGCGGCGGCGGCGAGCUGCGGGGCCGCAACGAGAAGGAGGUGCUGCAGGCGCUGAACGACCGCUUCGCCGGCUACAUCGACAAGGUGCGGGCGCUGGAGGUGCAGAACCGGCAGCUGGAGGCCGAGGCGGCGGCGCUGCGGCAGCAGCAGGCGGGCCGCUCGGCCAUCGGGGAGCUGUACGAGCGCGAGAUCCGCGACAUGCGGGCGGCGCUGGUGCGGCUGGGCGCCCAGAAGGGGCAGCUGCAGCUGGAGCAGGAGCGGCUGGAGGAGGAGGCGGCGCAGCUCCGGCAGCGGCUGGAGGAGGAGGCGCGCCAGCGCGAGGAGGCCGAGGCGGCCAUCCGGGCGGUGGGCAAGUUCGCCGACGAGGCGGCGCUGGCCAAGGGCGAGCUGGAGAGGAAGCUGCAGGCGCUGCGCGACGAGGGCCUCUUCCUGCGCCGCAGCCACGAGGACGAGGUGGCCGAGCUGCUGCUGCUGGUCCAGGACAGCGGCCUCGGCGGCGCCCAGGGGGCCCUCGAGGCCCGCGAGGCCGCCCUCCGCUCCGACGUCACCUCGGCCCUCAAGGAGAUCCGCGUCCAGCUCGAGGGACACGCCGUCAAGAGCACGCUCCAGUCCGAGGAGUGGUUCCGAGUGAGGCUGGACAAGCUGUCGGAAGUUGCCAAGGUGAAUACAGACGCCAUACGUACUGCACAGGAGGAGAUUUCCGAAUACCGCCGGCAGCUGCAGUCUAAAACCACCGAGCUCGAAGCUCUCAAGGGGACAAAGGAAUCCUUGGAGAGGCAGCGGAAUGACCUUGAGGACCGCCAUCAUGGGGACGUCAUGUCUUACCAGGAGACAAUUGCACAGCUGGACAACGAGCUGAGGAACACCAAGUGGGAAAUGGCCGCCCAGCUCCGGGAAUACCAAGAUCUGCUGAAUGUCAAAAUGGCCUUGGACAUCGAGAUUGCUGCCUACAGGAAGCUUCUGGAAGGAGAGGAAUGCCGCAUGGGAGCUGGGCUGGGGCUCUUCCCUUUCCCCGAAGCCCUCCCCAAAGUCCCCAGCAUUUCCACUCACAUCAAGGUCAAAAGCGAAGAGAAGAUCAAAGUGGUGGAGAAGUCGGAGAAAGAGACGGUGAUUGUGGAAGAGCAGACCGAGGAAAUCCAGGUGACUGAAGAGGUGACGGAGGAAGAGGCCGCUGAGAAGAAAGAGGAGGAUGAAGAAGAGGAGGGGGGAGGAGGAGGAGGGGAAGAGGAGGCAAAAGAGGAGGAAAAGGGAGAAUCUGAAGGAGGAGAGGGUGAAGAAGAAGAAGAAGAAGUAGUAGUUAAGGAGGAGGAAGGGGAGGAGGAAGGGGAGGAGGAGGUGGCUGAGGCCGAGUCCCCAGCAAAAGGAAAAGAGUCCCCAAACGCAGAGGAAGCUGCAUCUCCAGACAAGAUGAAGUCUCCGGCAAAGGAUGAUGCCAAAUCUCCAGCCGCCAAGUCUCCAGCGAAGGUCGCCUCUCCCACCAAAGAGGAGGCUAAAUCCCCCGCCAAAGUGAAGUCCCCCACCAAGGAGGAGGAGAAGGCCCCAGCGGCCAAAUCUCCCGAGAAGGCUGCGUCCCCCGCAAAAGAAGAGGCCAAAUCUCCGGCAAAGGCGGCAUCCCCCACGAAGGAAGAAGCCAAGACUCCAGAGAAAGUCAAAUCUCCCACGAAGGCAAAGUCCCCUUCAGCGGUAAAGUCGCCAGCGGCAAAGUCUCCAGAAAAGGCCAAAUCGCCCACGAAGGCAGAGUCCAAGUCUCCAGAGAAGGCCAAGUCCCCCACAAAGGAAAAGGCCAAAUCGCCAGAAAAGGAGCCGGCCAAGGCACCUGCCAAGGAGGAGAAAGCAAAAGCGAAGGAGGAGAAAGCUCCUGCCAAACCAAAAGUGGAAGAGAAGAAGGAAAGCAAGAAAGCCGAGGAACCCAAGGAGGAAGCUCCAGCCAAGGAGGCCAAGAAGCCGGAAGCCAAGGUAGAAGAGAAGAAGGAAGAGGUGAAGGCGGCUAAGGCGGAAGACAAAGACGACAAAAAGAAAGCCAGCAAGCCAGAGCCCCCUGCCCCUGAGGAGAAGAAGGAGGCUGCUGCUAAGGCUGAAGACACGAAAGCAAAGGAGAAGGAAGCCACCACACCAGCAGCAAAGCCCAAACCAGAAGCUAAAGAAGAGGGGAAGGCAGCCAAGAAGGAGCCUGACGCCAAACCUCAGGGACCAGACACGAAGGCCAAAGAAGCCGGCAAGCCAGCCGAGAAGGAAGCUGGGAAGCCCAAACCCGAAGAGAAGGAGGAGAAAGCAGAACCCAAGAAGCAGCAGGAGAAGCCCAAAGCGGAAGCUAAACCCAAAGAGGAGGCCAAGAAGGAACCCAGCAAGGAGGCCCCCAAGGCCGAGCCGGCCAAAGAGGCGCCGAAAGCCGCCAAGCCCAAGACGGAGAAGGUGGAGAAGUCCUCCAGCACGGACCCCAAAGACAGCAAGCCCACCGAGAAGGCCGCUGCGGAUGAGAAGGGCAAGAAGUGAAGCCAUGGCUCGGAGGUGCAUGACAGGCCACCGGAGGAGUGAGAGGUCAUCUCGGCCACCCCUCCUCUUGUCCCUCAAAGACAAGAUGUAGGCGAUGGCAAACCCUCUUUCUCUCAAUCUCUUUCUCUCUCUCUCUCCCCGCAAGGUGUGGAACUCAUGUUAGCAAUAUGUUUAUGUGAAAGGGGGGAAAAACACAACCCCCAAACAAGCAAUGAACUGAGUCUCCGCAAGACUGGAGUCUCGAUUAUGUUAUGAUAGCUUCCGUAGCAGAAUGUGAUAUAAGCAGAGCGCCACAUUUAAACACUUGAAUUAUUUAAAGGGGUGGGUGGGUUGGGGGAACCCAGAGCAAAACUUGACUGCCCUUUCCUAAUAAGUGCAUUUAUUCGGGGCAACCCAUGGGUCGGAGGCAAUAAGCGAAUGUAGCCGCGUUGGAGGGAAAUGUAUGCUUUGGGAGGUGUACAGGAGGCUAGAGAAUUCCAAAAUGAUCUAAAAAUGCCUUGUCUUCAUUUGACACACACACACACACGCACGCACAGACGCACACACUUCUUUGUAGCCGACACAGAGAUUCAUCCAUAGCUGGUCUCAGGAGGAAGACGGUUCGGGGCAUGUCAACACUGCAGACGUAAAAUGUGUGUUAAACCGGUUUCAUGGUUGUUCCUCACCCACCUUCUCCAGGGACCCUGGGGGAUUCCUGAGUGAGUGCGGUGGAAAGUUCUCUCAGAAUUAAAUCCUUUGCAGCGUCCUUCUGCAAAGCUUCUCCGAGGCAUCUGCUGGACCACAGCAUGCUGGACUGGAUAGGCCUAGCUAGGGCCUGAUCCAGUAGGGCUGUUCUUCUGUUCCUUGCCAGAAGGUGGGCAGUUCCCAGAAUUCCCUGAGAAGGGGCCGUGCACACACUCAAGCUGGCUGGCGCUUGCAGUGCAGACGUGUCCUCCGAUAUUGUUGUAAACAAUCACACACACACUCACUCACACUCACACACUGAUAAGUGCACUAUGCCGGCACAGUUGCUUCUGUGUAAUACAAGCAAAUAAAACUGCUUUGAACAAGU